UAUGGAGGAACUUAGGCUCAUCCCUACACUGGUUGCUUCUUCCCAUCAUACCCUAGAGGGGCACCUAAAUGAGUUGUGCACCAGAGUGUCAUGAAUUUGCUCCUCUAGUUCUAAAGGGUUUAACCCUGAACUAAGCUAUUUUUAUCAUCUGUUGGUAGACUUUAGGGUCUUCAGUGGCUAGAGGACCCUGAACUUUGAGUGCCCCCUACUGCCUCCUUUAUCAGAUCUCCCCAGCCCUGCGUGUCAGGUGCUUCUUGUUGGAAUAGGGUCCCUUCAUCCAUAGAUUGGAGUCCCUUCACCCAUUUUGUUCUAGACUUUGGCAGUGAGUAAGCAUGUCUAGGUAGUGUAAUGAUCUUGAUCCUCUUUACAACUGAUGGACUUGUAUCCCCUCUCCUUCAAGCAUGUUGUUUCCCAUUGUCAGGAUGCUGGCCUCAUCCAGAGAUCCCACAAAUAUCCUGGGAAAAAUACCUUUUCCAUAAAGCCUCUAUCCUCCCAUCUCACUCCCACCACUACUCUCUUCCUCUCCUGCUACUAUUGUCUGGUUCCAGGCAAAGGAGAGGAUGGCGCUGCCCUUGGGAUGAGUGAGGUCUGGGUGAGCCAGGUAGGUCUUCCUGACUCUUUCUUAAGCUGUGGGGACAGAGGUCUUCCCACCCUGAUACUAUGAGAAAGGGUAGGUAUUAGGCAUAUUAUAAGUUUGAGAGCCCUAAGUACCAGUGUAUCAUUUAUAUUCAGUUACCUCCCCGUUCCCCUUCUAAUUUUCCUUCUCAGCCCCUCUCCUUUUAUUAAAAUAAGCUAUUACCCUCAAGGACCAGUGCUUCUUCUCUUAGGAAACCCUUAAACUGCUCCAACCAGACAUCCCUUUAUCAACUUCAUAAACUUUGAACAUUACCCACUUACCCCUCAACAUCAGAUGACACUUUCUUCCUCCUAGGCUCCUCAAAAUUCCUGCUUGGUGAUUGAGGUUACUGAUUAGUUAAAAGCUCCUUUCCCAAGUCCUUCAUUUGUAUACUAACAGAUAGAUACCUUAUAGAGCUACAGCCUCUCAUAAGAAUGAUAAUGGAGAGGACUUCAGCUUCAUGGCAGGUCAGUGGGAAUCUUUUGACCCCUGAACUGACUGGGGAAAGAGGUUGACCUAGUCCCUUCUGACCUUAAGCACUCCGUUUAGGAUGCCAGGAAGGAGGUGGAGGGAGCCCUCUUGUGGCAGUUGCUUGAACAUCCAGCUUCUUUUUAUGGGACAUGGUGGGAUGAAUGGGGAGACUUAACCUGGAAGGUAAAUACUUAGGACAGACAGCAACCCCAUAUUCUCAGAACAUGAAUAGCUCUUCAGUCAUGACUUGUCAGGGGGCCUGGACCCAGAAUCCACUUCAGAAUUAUCCGGGCAAGGGAGCUUCCAGAAUGAGCUUGGAGAAAACCAGUGGAAGGCCUUAGAUUGGUCCAAGUGGGAUGGAGGACAAAACCAUUCCCUUCAUUCCAGAGUAUGGGGGCAGUGAUGGGAAGAAUGAGUGUACAUAUGUAUGAAAUUCUCAGAUUAGAGGUGUAAGGCCUGAAGGCUCUGGGGAGUCACUGCAUUGCUUCCAAUUUGAGUGCCUAGAUUGGACAGAGCAGAAAAGUGGCAGAUAUUUAUUUAGUACCUAUGUUUCUAGACCUGUACUAAGAAUGGAGUCAAACCACUGUACUGAGUGGAGACUUGGGAAUCCAUUUUUGGGAUGCUCUGGAAUCCUUUGAGAUAUCCAUAGUGUGCCAUGUGGGGUAGUGACAGUUGGGGGAAAACUGUGUAGGGGGUUCCCUUUCUUUUGCUGCUGUUUGGUGCAGAGAGUGGUGUCUUUGGACAGGCAGUCAUAAUACUAAGAACAGCAUCUUUUCCAGUUCUGAAGGAUGUGGAGGUAGGAGAGUCAAAGUCCAAUUCUCUACUCUCUAACUUGGUAACUGGAGGGAUGGUGUAUCAUACUGGUCACUGGGGAGUGAAAAGAUCCAGAUGCCUUCCUUCUUCAGGUUUUUCAUACUAAUUGCGUGUCCUGGCCCUGGUUGCUGUGAUGGGUAAGAGUAGGUGACCUGGAGUUCUUGAGCAAAGGGUUAGGUCUGAGGAAACCCGAGCCUUGAAUAUCACUACUGAGAAAGCAUAGUGAAAGUGCGCUACUUCAUAAUAGGUGUCAUGGAGUACAAUGCUCAGUGAGGAGUUGGCUAGGACAAUGCCUGUUAAUCCUUCUACUGUAAAUAGAAAAAUGAAGCCUAAGGCAGUGGUUGGAGGUCUAGAAGUGAAGAACUUGGAUCGAGACCAUUCAUUGUCAAGGCUUGAAGGUGAGUGCUUAUGUGUCACUUUGGCUAUGGGCUGCAAAAGAGAGUAUCUGGGCUCUAGUUUAAAGUAAAUCUGGCUUCCGAACUGAAUGUGGUGAAGUAGAGAAGACACACAAGCCAGAACUCUGGCUAUCUGUUUCCAGAGCUGAACAAUUCUAUCCAUGCACCCUUCCUCCUACCACCCUUCCUCCAAACCAGGUGUUGAGAGAGCUCUCUCUGAGUAGGUCUGGCCAAUCCAGACCAGGCAGGAGACUUGAGAAUGAACUUGUUCACCUGACACUCCCUCCUGCCCACUUCCCACCCACCUUCCACCUCCACCCUUCCAUCCCACAGAAUGGAGUACAAAGGUGGGAGGUGCUUAGCUCCAGGCUCCGAACCACAGGAAUCUGGAUGCUAGCUUCCUUUAGUGUUCUGAAUAUAAGGAAAGAAGAGUGCUCUCUUGGCUUUAGGUAGUAGGUGAUGGGGAAUCUGUUUUUGCAUUGAUAGGAUUAUACCUCCCUGGCUAGAACAGCCAUAGUGGAAAGUCGGGGAGGGAGGUAACACUUCAUUCUUGGAUGAAUGCAUAACCAUACCUAAAAGAGAAAACUAGUCAGCCAGGUUAUGAAAGUAUGGCAUUAGAUUUUGAUCCCAGAUUUGUAUAUGCUAACUCACAGGCUUUUAACAAUCUGUUAAACAUUUAAAACAUUUUAAAAACAGUUACUUACUAUGUGGCACAUAAUAGGAACUCAUCCUUAAAUGAAUAAACGUCAUUGUCCUUAACCAAGGUGGGCAUGGUGGGUGCCCCAUGAGUUUUGGAAGCCAGGGGCUGUAAUAGAAUUUCUUCUACUUGCCAACAGAGACACCUUUAAGGUGGUCCUCUGAUUAACUUGUGCCUCCAGUCAGGGGUGUGCCAGUCUCUGCCUUUCCCAGAACCAUCUCACCUUCCUCCGCCCUUCAGUUUCCUCCUAACCAACGAAGGAGAAAGCGCCUUUCUCCCUGGUCCUUCCUGGGUCCAAGUGGGCUUGUACUGCCCCCUGUAGGUAAUAUUGUCUUCUUGGUUUUGCCCUUUCAUCCCCACUACCACCCUCUUCACUUCACCCCACCUUCUUCCUCCCCAUGACAUUUCCAAACAAAGCCUCAGACCUGGACAGUAGUCUUCCACACCUUCAUUACAGCAUUUCAAUCAGGUGAUGCGUCAGUACAGUACUCACUGUCAGCCCCUUGCUCAGAAACUUUCAGUGGGUUCCUACUGUCUCAGUCUGACAUUCAAGGAUCUCCCCAACCAGCUACUCUCUUCCCUUCCCAACUACUCUCUACUCUCCUGGUUAAAUUCCAAACUAGUCCAUUAAUUUUCCCCAAAUAUCUGGCCCUCUGCCUUUAUCCCCUUUUUCGCUCAAAAAAAAAAAAAAAAAAAAAAAAAACCCCACCACUUUUAAGUUCUACAAAGCUGCCUGUGACCUCUCUAAUCACAAUGACUUUUUCUCGCAGUCUGGCCUCUUUAGCUCUGUUAACUCAUUCAGCACCUCCCACAUGUUCCAUUGUAUUGCUAUACAGUCAUGUGCCACUUAAUAGGCUAUAUGGUACAGCCUGUUGCUUCUAGGCUACAAGCCUGUACAGCAUGUUACUGCACAAAACAGCACGAGAUUAAGUCAACAGAAAAAUCAAUCAAGAGACAAUGAACAGAUGUAUGAGGCUGCUGCUGGCAUAACAGCAAACUCUUACAAGUAGAGCACACUCUAAAAUGAUAAAAAUAUAGUAUAGUAGACAAACCAGUAACAGUCAUUUAUUAUUAAGUAUUAUGUACUGUACAUAAUUGUAUGUGUUAUGCUUUUAUGUGGCUGGCAAUGCAGUUCAUUUAUGCCAGCAUCACCACAAACAUGAGUAAUGCAUUGGGCUAUAAUGUUGGGACAGCUAUGACAUCUAUGACAUCACUCGGCAACAGGAAUUUUUCAGCUCUAUUUCAGUCUUAUGGGACCACCAUUUUAUAUGUGGUCUGUUCUUGACUGAAACAUGUGGCACAGGACUAUAUAUCAUGUUCAUUCAUUUAUGAUUUAAUUUUAAAGUGAUUUUUGUAACCAAAGUAAUUUUUAUUGUAAAAGAUCCAAACAAGACAAAUUUACAAAGCAACUUGUGGAACCUGUUCCCCUCUAUUCUCCCAUUCACAAAGGUAAUCACCCUCGGCUAUUCGGUGUGCAUCCUUCUAAUUCCUUUUCUAAACACAGUACACACAUUUGGAGAGAGAUUAAAAUAUAAAGGGGCUCAUCACAUCUAGCUUUUUUUUUGGUUACUCUUAAAAUAUAUAAUUUGUCUUAGAGAUUUUUCAUAUUAGUAAUAGAUCUCCCUUUUUAAUGGUUUCUUGGUAUUGCAUGGUAUAUUUAUUCAAAAUAAAACAUUUGUCUAGAAUCUGUUACAUAGAAGGUAUUGUGCAGCUAGUACCUUAUCAUUGCCAUCAGUGAGCUGGCUCUUCGAGGAAAUGGGUAGAGAGGAGUGGGAACAUACAUAAAUAACUGCAACACAAGGAAAAAGAUAAUAAUGUCCCCGAGUGUAUGCCUGAAGUUCAGAAAUAAGGGAAGUCCCUUCUAGCUCACAGAGUCAGUGAUAUUUGAGCUUGACCUAGAAGGAGCUUGAUGGAUGGAAGAAUAGCAUGAGCCUGGGCAAAGAUGAAAACACAUGAGGCAGGUUCAUCUAAUGCCAGACCACAUAGUCCAUGAGGAGGAAGGAUCAAUUCAUAAACAUUUAUUGAGCUGCUAUGUCGUAUACCAUACUAGGCACUGAGAAUAUAGAAAUGAGAAAGAUGAGGUUCUUGUCUUUAAAAGGUUUUCAUUUAAUAUUGUUGAAUGGAAUAAAAGCCAAGUUUAGAAAGGCAGAUCAGGACCAGAUGAUGAAAACUUUCAAUUGGCAUGUCAGGGAGUCUGAAUUUUAUUCGCUGGACUAUGUGGAGCCAAGGCAGGCUUUUUAGUAGGUAGAUGACAUGACAAGUUGAGCAGAUGCAGCAAUGUACAGAAUGGGCUAAAAUAGGAGGAGGCUGGGGAUGAGGAGUUUGUUACCUUUUUUUUCCUUCUUCCUUUCCUCUUCCAUCUCCCCCUCCCCACCUUUUCUUUUAACAAGAUAGGAGUUAAUUUCUACUUUAAUUAGAAGGUAUCUGGUGGUAGGCAGUCCAGGACUAAUAUGGCGGCUCUACAGUUAUCAGGACUUUGGCUUUGAUCUUUGCACUUCACCAUCCUGGCACUUCACCUCCAUCCUCAUGGUCACCUGAUGGUCUACUAUGUCUGCUAGAGCAUAAAUCAUCUCAUCUACAUUCGAGGCAGCAGAAAGAAGGAGAUUAGGGAAAGUGAGAGGAGCACAUAAUGACACACUUAUUAGCUGAAUUAACUCCCUUUAAGGAGCCUUCCUGGGAAGUCUGAGAAUAUUUCCAAUACUUCUGUUUAUCUCUUAUUGGCCAAAACUUAGUCAAUGGCCUUAUUCAGCUUUAAGAGAGACUUGGAAGUAGAUUUUGUUUAUUUUUUAAAGUUUUUCCCUUUUUAAAAAAAUUGAGGUAUAUGCAUGCAGUGCAAUGUAAAGAUUUUAAGCAUAGUUUGAUCAAAGUUCUGACAAAUGCCUAUACCCAUGUAACCCAUAUCCCUUUCAAGAUAUUGAGCAUUCCAUCACCCCCUGAAAUUCCCUCCUGUUGAGGGGGCUUUUUUUUUUUUUUUUAAAUAACCUAAAAGAGUUAAUGAGGGCUUAAUUAGGGUGGCAGCCGUGGGAAUGGAAAGAAAGAUCUGGAGAGGCUGUGGAGGGGGAAUCCAAAGGAGACUUUUUGGAUGUGGAAGAUGAGUUGGGCUUGAAUGCUGACAGCAGAGCCGCUAACAAACAGGAAGUUGGGAGUGAAGUCUAGAUUAUUGCAGAUGAGAGGAAAGGAGAGAGAGGAAUGAGUACAGUAUUGGGUGUGUUGAUUUGAGGUGCUGGUCAAACAUCCAGGUGGAGAUACCCAGUAGGCAGUUCUGUUUAAAGCCUGGGAGGGCAGUCAGAGCUCAAGUGGCUUCAAAUACCAGAGAGAUGCUAAGGGAGGACAAGGGACCAAGAAGUGACCAGGAAUUUGGUGACUGUGAGCUUCCUGAUGACUUUUAAAGGAGCAAAGUCCAGAUGCCAACGCCUGAGUGGGCAGUGAGGGUUUAAAUCAUGCAGAAAGGGAACUGGUAGAGUAAUGUGAAAUAAUUUUGUAAUGUUUUAAAAAACUGAUGUCCUUAUACAAACAUUAAAGGGUUAUAUGUCGCUGCCCUUCACAGAGGUUUUUUGAUGAAAAGAGAAAGAAAAUGGUAGUGUCAGGAAAAGAUCAGGGAUUAACCCUGUCCUUACAGGGAAAUAGCCCUUUGUACUUUCCAGUUAGCUUUUAAAGAACAGGGGGAUGGGACAGCUCCCUGCCUCCUUUUGGAUAUAUGACCUCCAGAUAUUCAAGCUGAAGGAGUAGAGGUGGGAGAGGGAUGCUGCCUUUGGCAACUGCUGGGGUGGGAUGGGCCAGCCAGACACUGCCAGGAUAGAUGUGAGGAGACGUGUAUCUUUGAGGCAAGAGCAGAGAGCAAAAACUGGACUCUGGCAGUGCUGGGUUUGAAUCCUGUACCUGUCACUACCUAGCUAGAUGAUCGGCAAGUUUUUUAACCUGAGUAUCCAAUUCCUCAUCUGUAAAAUGGAAACAUACCUUUCAGGGUGGUUUUGAGGAUUACAAAGUUCCUGUCACACAGUAGGUAAUCAAUCAUAAAUGGGUGCUAUUAUGUGACCCAACUUUUCGCUGUGGGACAGAACGGCUAACGGACGACAGGCGAAUCAGAAUCUGCUGCCUCCCAGUUUUAAAGGGUAGGAAGGGCUGCCUGCGGCCUCCUCCCUCCGGGAGGUGGGGACAAGGUGGAGGAGGGGCUGCAGGAGGAGGAGCUGGUGUGUCGCGACCCCGCCCCCUACCGUCCAGUCCUGUCUGGCCUGGGCGCUGAGGGAAACGCUGCCCUAGCCACUGCCACCGAGCAGCCUGACCUGGUGCCCUGCGUCCUGUCCCGUGUCCAGUCAUGACCCUGCACCCGUCACUACUCCCACUCUGUCUGCUGGUGCUGCUGCUGCUCAGUGGGAUAGUGUGCCGGGAUGAGACUGGGUUCGAAACUGAAAGUCCUGUCCGGACCCUCCAAGUGGAGACCCUGGUGGAGCCCCCCGAACCGUGUGCGGAGCCCGCUGCUCUUGGAGACACACUUCAUAUACACUACACGGGCAGCUUGGUAGAUGGACGCAUUAUUGACACUUCCUUAACCAGAGACCCUCUGGUUAUAGAACUUGGCCAAAAGCAGGUGAUCCCAGGUCUGGAGCAGAGCCUUCUAGACAUGUGUGUGGGAGAGAAGCGAAGGGCAGUCAUUCCAUCUCAUUUGGCCUAUGGAAAACGGGGAUUUCCACCAUCUAUCCCAGCGGAUGCAGUGCUGCAGUUUGAUGUGGAGCUGAUUGCACUGAUCCGAGCCAACUACUGGCAAAAGCUGGUUAAGGGCAUUUUGCCACUGGUAGGCAUGGCCAUGGUGCCAGCCCUCCUGAGCCUCAUUGGUUAUCACCUAUACAAAAAAGCCAACAGACCUAAAGUCUCCAAAAAGAAGCUCAAGGAAGAGAAACGAAACAAGAGCAAAAAGAAAUAAAAAAUAAUAAUUUUUAAAAACCU